UAUUUCAGUGUGGAAGAAGAACAGAUUAUGUUGGACAUCAAUCUCUUUAGGGAAGAAAAGGGUCACAACCCCGAAUUCAUCCGUGAAUCUCAGCGUCGCCUAUACGCCAAUGUUAUAUUGUCGAUGAGAUCAUUGUUCUUGACAUGGAGUGGAGGCAACGUCAAUUUGAACUUGACAAUCUACGCAAACAGUUGAAUAAGGCAGGUGAGGAUGCAACUGAAUUGAUUAAAAAUAGCAAUGAUAUGAAGCAACUGAGUGCUGAUAAAGAAGUUGAGAUGCAUCAGGCUUCUUUAGCUUUAAUUAAGAAAUUGGAAGCCGUUGGGUAUCUUGUGCGUGAUUCAGUGCCUGUUAGCGAUAAUGAGGCAAAUAAUGCUGUAAUUCGAAUUUGGGCUGAGAAAUGUUUUGAUCCUAAAUUGAAAAACCAUGUUGAGCUUCUAGGAAUUGCUGAUACUAGGAAAGGUGCCAAUGUAGCUGGAGGUAGAGGCUUUUAUCUGAAAGGUGAUGGUGUACGGCUUAAUCAAGCAUUGAUCAAUUUUGGACUAGAUUUAUUGGAGAAGAGGGGUUACACUGCCUUGCAGACUCCCUUUUUCAUGAGAAAAGACAUUAUGGCAAAAUGUGCACAAUCAGCACAAUUCGAUGAAGAACUUUACAAGAUGCAAUGCAAGGAUCACCAUUGUAGUUGGUUUUUGAUGGGUGACUGGUGAAGGGGAUGACAAGUGUCUAAUUGCUACAGCUGAACAACCAUUAUGCGCUUAUCAUUUAGAUGAUUGGACCCAUCCGUCACGGCUGCCAAUCAGAUAUGCUGGAUACUCAUCUUGUUUUCGUAAACAAGCUGGUUCACAUGGUCGUGAUACUUUGGGAAUUUUUCGAGUUCAUCAAUUUGAGAGAGUGGAGCAAUUCUGCAUUACCAGCCCAAAUGGCAAUGACUCUUGGGACAUGCAAAGGGAAUGAUCAAGAACUCUGAGGACUUCUACAAGAUGGGAUGACAUCCUUUUAGAAAGUCAGAAUUUUUCUCUAUUUUUGUUUGUUUUCUUAGUUCUUGGUUAUGGGAAAAAAAAUUAAUGGUUUCCUAGCUUUACAUGCUUGGCUCUUUACCUUCACAUAAGAAUCUAGAAAUUGGUGCUGCCAAUCUUUCAAAAAAUUUUUCUGGAAAAGGCAAAGUGGAUCUGGUAUGGAAGGCAAGGCCUUAUUGGUUCUUAGUAAUAAUAAUCCCAUAUCAAUCAUACAUUUUCCCUUCUUCUCUAACAGCUAAACAUCCUGUACCAAGUUGUUGCUGUUGUUUCUGGUGCUUUGAAUGAUGCUGCUGAAAAGAAGUAUGACUUGGAAGCAUGGUUUCCUGCUUUACAAACACAGACAAUUGGUCUUCUGUUCCAAUUGUACAGAUUACCAGUCAAGAAAGUUGGAGAUUCGACAUGGGCAGAAAAAGGCAAGUCCUUAAUGCUUGUUUUACUCUUACGUUGCAUGUAUACCAUAUACUUUCGGCUUAUCAGUUGAGAUAUUUUUUUAGCCUACCAUUUGAGCAAUGAGCAUGUCCUAUAUAUAUAUAUAUAUAUAUAUAUAUUUCUCUCAAGAGCUUGCCAUGUGGCUAUUCUUAAAGGAUGCCAUGUGAAAACUUUUAAAUACAUCUUAGUACCAUGGACAAUGCAUUGUGACAUUUCUAUAAGACAUCCAAAGGAAGAUAGAGUGGGUUAGUCAAGAGGAGAUCUUAAGAAAUUUAUAUUGAAUUUAAUCUGAAAUUUCUUGCACAAUGAAAGAAAAAUGUAACUUAAUAGGCUUCACAUCUUGAAUUGUUUUGGCAUUAGACUUUAAAGUCUCAUUGGUUUCACACUUGUAGAAUCGCAUUAUGUGUUAUGCAAUUCCAAAGAGAAUAGAAAAUUCUUAGGCCUUGUUUAGUUGGGGAAGACAUAAUUUAUUUGUACUUUCUAGUUCUUCUCAAUUUGAUGUAGCUCAAGUCAUUUACACCACUAAUAAGAGUCACAGAUUACAAAGAUAUAGAAAUCCAAGUACAAUUCUGUGAUAAUUUGGUAAACUAAUGCAGAUUUCUUGUCAAUGGCAACAGCCAAGUAGACGAGUUACAUUUGCUUAGGCAGUGGAAGCUAUCAACUUAUAUCUCUAAUGUUAUGAUAACAAAGAGAAUAGGAGCCGUGAUAAUGUAUAGGAGGAAAAUAUUUUAAAUUCGGAGCAUUGUAACUAAUUAUGGUUAGCCAAGAAUUAAAUAAUACAAAGAAGUACUCUCUCUAAUUUUCUCCUUCUCUCUCUUCUUUGCUCCCUCUUUCUUCUUUUUGAUCUUCUCCUUCUCUGUUCUAUUUUUCCUUCUGCUCUUCUUCACUUUCUUUCUUCUUCUGCAGUAUUUGGUGCUUGAGAACCUGCUACGUAACAACCAACUAUUACCUGCUAUUGAAUUUGCACUUAAUUCUCUGGAAAAUAGGUGCUUCACGGUCAUACUUUUGGUUUUGAUUUUUCUUAUAAAUGUUCUUUGUCUUGAGCCUUGCAUGUGUUUUGAAUGCAUUUUUCUGUCCCUUUUUGUUUUUGUUGCUGCAAGUUCUUUUCUUCACCAAUGUAAUGAUUUGAGAGGUGUUUUGCUAAUUCUUUAUUCCUGGAUAAUAGAAACGUGAGUGUAUGCAGAUUGUGAUGACCAUCCUACUUCAAUUAUGGUGUCUUGUGCUGAGUUUAUCCUCCAUGCUUUAUUUCAUUUUGCUGCCAUGGUUGGCUUUGACCAUUCAGUAGUAAGCAUUGGGUUAGCCUUUUUUGAUGCUAUUCUUAUACAAAAAAGCUACUUGUUUUGAUGGAUGGUGUUUGCAACCUGCUAGCUUAGGCAUGUUGAUGGUUUGUACAUCUUAUUUAUCGGCGUGUUUGUUAUUGUUUGCAAAAACUUACCAUUUUUUUCUUAUUGUAAUAUUUUUUUUUCUUAUUCAUUACUUUUUGAACUUUGAAAAUGGAAUUAUAAAUUAUCAGAGCAACAACAAUGGUCACAUCUGGUUUUGAUUGUUUGUUUGCUGGCUAGUUUGUCAAUUGGGUUUGGAUCCUUUAAGCAGAAAACAUGACUUUGGUCACCCUUGAAAUUGUUAGUAUAUGUGCCCUGCAGCCAAUAUGUUGAUUGCACAUUGCAGGUGUGAUCACUUGAUUAUAUGUAAAUACAUUUUGUUAUUAAUAAAGGCUGAUUUUAUCUUUAA